GCAGCUUUCCAAGGACUUUACUCCGUGACUGCUCGUGCGGCCCAAGUGUAUGCCAAGUCUUUAUCAAGAGAUGCAAAUGAUGCUAUAUUAGCAACGAGGAUACUUUCUCAAAAUCAAGUUAGGAGAUUCUGUGUCUUUUUAAGAGAGCCUUGUGAGGUGCACGCCGACUGUGGUUGCAACCCGCACUCUUCAUCCACGGUAUACUUCGGAAUGAAGCGAGGGGCAGUCGUGCGCGUAUGAUAUUGGCACCCAGUUGUGACAGCAGUAUUGGACAUUUGACCAUCUUACAGCAGGUUACCGCUAUUAGUUUAUCGAGUAUCGGGGGACCAAUCAUGUCUUCAAGAGAAAGACAAAAAGGAAAUAUGACGAAAGACAGCGUCAGCUUGCUGCCCUGCUUCUAUUUCGUUGAGCUCCCCAUCCUGGUGUCGUCGGUGGUGAGUCUGUACUUUCUGGAGCUGACAGACGUGUUCAAGCCGGUCCGCUCGGGGUACAGCUGCCACGACCGCAGCCUCAGCCUGCCCUACAUAGAGUCCACUCAUGAGAUUAUCCCCCUGCUCAUGCUGCUCAGCCUGGCCUUUGCUGGACCCGCCAUCACGAUAAUGAUCGGAGAGGGGAUCCUGUUCUGCUGUCUGUCCAGAAAGAGGAAGGGUGUCGGGGCAGAGGCAGACAUCAAUGCAGCAGGCUGUAGCUUUAACUCCUUCAUCCGCAGAGCUGUCAGAUUUAUUGGUGUCCAUGUGUUUGGCCUGUGUGCCACAGCUCUCAUCACGGACAUCCUCCAGCUAGCGACGGGCUACCAUGCGCCUUACUUUCUGACUGUGUGUAAACCCAACUACACCACGCUCAACACAACCUGCGACCAGAACACCUACAUCCUGCAGGAUAUCUGCUCCGGGUCCGAAAUCGCAGCCAUCAACCAGGGCAGAAAGUCUUUUCCGUCUCAACAUGCCACACUGGCUUCCUUUGCCGCCGUCUACAUCUCUAUGUACUUCAACAGCACACUUACUGAGUCUUCUAAACUACUGAAGCCUCUGCUGGUCUUCUCCUUCGUCAUCUGUGCCAUCAUUUGUGGGCUGACCCGGAUCAUCCAGUACAAGAACCAUGCUAUUGAUGUCUACCUGGGCUUUCUGCUGGGCGGGGGAAUAGCUGUCUACUUAGGUCUUUACGCAGUGGGGAACUUCCAGCCCAGUGAGGAUAGCUGCAGCUGCCCUCCUCCCCAGCCCCGAUGUCCCUGUCCUUUACCCCACAUCAGCCAGGAGGCCAUGCGCCAUUUACAGGUGAAGAGCUGCAGCGCAAAUAUGGACGGGCUCUCUACCUCCCACUCCGAGGGCAUCCUCCACCAUAACCCCCACCACCGAGAUCCCUCCUCUGGCUCCCUCACCAACCUGAAGAGGUCCAGUGCUGAAGUGGAGGUCAUCACCUCGCCCCGCAGCCCCAUGGGAAAGGAGAGCAUGGUGACGUUCAGCCACACCCUCCCCCGUGUCCACACGCCAGCGAUGGAUGAUGGCACACGCCGCAACGCCACCAUCCACCACAGUCACCACGCCUCCAUGGACUCCUCCCGCUCCAAACAGCUCCUCUCUCAGUGGAAGAGCAAGAAUCAAGAGAGCCGAAAGCACUCCCUGCAGGUGAUGGAGGGUGAGGCGGCGGCCCAGUCACCCCACCACCGGGGGAGCAUGGACUCCAUGAGGUACAGCUCUGAGCCCUCAGCCGUGGGGAUCAACGGGGUCGAUCUGCCAACGCAGUAUGUGAAGCUAGCUACCGGGGCCAGCACCACACUACCCAGAGACUGCAGUGGCAUAACAGGAGGGGCCAGAGUCUCCAUGCAGUCCCGACCUGGUUCCUCACAGCUGGUCCAUAUCCCAGAGGAGACCCAUGAGAACUUCAACAACCCCUCGCCCAAGAUGGGUGCGGGAGAUGUAGGCGGCGGUGAUAUAUGCAAUAGUGGAGCUCAUGUAAACUGGGUGAAGGCUGCUGAGAAGGCAACUGCCCCAUGUAGGACUAUGAAUGGCAGCCAGCAGCCACGGAUCAUGCAGGUGAUUGCCAUGUCCAAACAGCAGGGUCUGCUCCAGACUCACUCCAAGAGCAUGGACGAGGGCUGCAUGGACGGCUACACCGGAGGGUCCCUCCGCUACAGAACCCUGAAUGAACCAAAUCCCAUGGGCACGACUUGCAGCACGUUGGGCAGCUCCGUGGGCAGCAUCUCAGGCAGCACUGGAGCCAUCGUGAGGGUGGACGCCCAUCCCGAGAACAACAACAACCGCCCCAUGGUUCACGCCCCUUCGACGGAUAUUAGCAGUGGGGGUUCCUGGAAGACCUGGAGGUCCCAGGACCAGUGUGGGGGUGGUGGUAUCGGUGGAUGCAGCCAGGGCCAGUCAUUCGAGCUGAAUGACCUGAAUAGAGAUUCAGAGAGCUGCGAGUCCCUAUCCAUGAGGGACGGCUCCAUUGGCUCCAUAGACAGGAGGAGACAUGCAAAUCCCACUGCUGCCACCAAUACACAGAACGCAGGGGGCGGGGAGCACUCCCUCCAACAGCAGCAGGGGAUCACCACCAUCAGAGUGACCCCAGUAGAGGGGGGUGAGGUCCCCUCAGAGCCCCACUCUGUGGCCUCCAGCCGGGACUCCACACUCCGGAGGAGGGAAAAAGGGAACAUCAUCCUGAUCCCAGAGCGAGGGAACAGCCCGGAUAACACCAGGAACGUUUUCUACAAGGGGACUUCAUCAACACCCGGUUUGUAGAGGAAGAGCAUUGUCACUUGGCUGUGUCCCAAAUGGAACUGUAUUCCCUAUAUAGUACCUGCUUUUGACCAGGACUCAUAGGGCUCUGGUCAAAAGUUGUACACUAUAUAGGAAAGAGGAUGCCAUUUGGGAAACUGCCCUUGUUCACUUGGAUGUUCACAGAAUUUUCAAGAAAAGAACAGUCAGUGGGAGGGAUUGUUGCACUCUUGGGGAUGUUUGACCCCUUCCACUGCAUCUGUGAUAAGAGGCAAUCCAUCGCCAAACGUUGUAUCCAGAUACAUUUUAUUAGUCACAAAGCAGGCUUUAUUCAGCAUGAUAUUUGUAAUUGUUCCCACAAAAGCACAAACUUUUUGGUCUUGUAGAGCGGUUUACUAUGUUCUUAUGUACUCUAAUAGAAACAUAAUAGCACUGGAAUUGUGUCCAAUUUGAAUUUUUUUUUUUCAAAAGUGGGUUAUCAAAGUUUUUGUUUUCCUUUUUUUCCACAAAGAUCAAUACUACCCCCUGUGUAAUGCUUUAGUGGGAUAUUGCAAAGUUGUGUACCAUAACGGUGGAAACAAUAAUCCUUUAAUCGUUUUGAACUGUGUGCUAAACCACCCACACUAUUUAGAUCAGGGGUGUCAGGGGUGAUUUUGCCCCGGGGGCCGCAUUCGGUCUUCAAAAAUGUGUUAUAUUUCCACGCCAUCAAAAUUUGCAAGGCAUACUGUAGUCCUCUAUCAAUUUUGGAAUUUUCCAUGCUCCCUGACUGUCUGGCUUUCAUUUUGGGGAUUAUUAGCAGGCAAGACACAGGCAAGAAACUGUAUGAAUGUAGGUCCUUUAUCAUUUCUACACAGUUUUGAUUUAGUUUUAGUAAUUUAGUAAAGUACAUUGAGUUCUUACUCAAACCACCCGCAGGCCGGAUUGGUGCCGUAUGUUUGACAUACGGCACCAAUCCGGAUGUAGAUUUUUUGACACCCCGGAUAUAGAUGAAAUAAUGUGCAUAGAGUACAAAUAAAUAGAGAGAACAUUUGGAACUUGAUAUAGUUAGAGAACUACCUUUUGUAUUAUUUUCUGUAUAGAUGCCACAUUCCCUAGAGAAAACUGUGUUAAUGACCAUAAGUGCUUAGCAUUCCUACUGUAGCUAAAUUAAAUAUGCUGUGAACUGCACAAAAACUGUGUUUCCUACACCUUUAUAUUCAAUGACCAGGUUGUGUUUGUUCUAUCACAAUAAUACUGUUUGGAUUUUAUUCUACCAACAUACUGUACAUGAUUUUUCAUGGUGUCUACAUCCCAAAUGGCCAACUCAGACUCAGGGGUAGACAUAGUAAAUUCAAAUCUGUCUCCCUCCAUUUGGUAUGAUACUUUACAUUUUGUAUGGUAUGUAUUCAUUUGUGUAUGUCCAUCAUCCAUUUCGUACAAUAUGUUACAAAUUUGCAAUACGUAUGAUAUGUUACGAAUUCCAAUUUGUUGUGGCUAACAUUAGCUAGUUAGCUGGCUAGGUGGCUAACGUUAGCUAGGCUAGGAGUUAGGGGUUAAUGUUAGGGUAAAGGUUAAGGUCAGGAGUUAGUGUUAGGUGGAAGGGUUAGCUAACAUGCCAAAUAGAUGCAAAGUAGCUCAAAAAUGUAAGUAUUUGCAAAGUUGCUAAUUAGCGAAAAUGCUAAAAUUGUCAAUAUGUGACUCAAACAUGCAAACUUUCAGUUGCUAGGCAUUUGCCCUACAUUUUUUUAUUUUAUUUUAUUUUUUAUUUUUUUAUUUAACCAGGCAAGUCAGUUAAGAACACAUUCUUAUUUUCAAUGACGGCCUGGGAACAGUGGGUUAACUGCCUGUUCAGGGGCAGAACGACAGAUUUUGUACCUUGUCAGCUCGGGGGUUUGAACUCGCAACCUUCCACCCCAACCAACCUCUGUCCAUUGGUUUUUGGCUUAAGGAACCUUGUAACUUAUGUAACCAUACCAAACGUAACAUGUCAUACUAAUUUGACUGUCACAGGUUCAUGUUUACUACAGUAUGUUACGUCUAGUCUUUGAGGCUAGGCUGAAAUGGCACCCUAUUCCUGAUAUAGUGCACUACUUUUGACCAGGGCCCAUAGAGGUCUGGUCAAAAGUAGUGCACUAUGUAGGGAAUAGGGUGCUAUUUGGGACUCAAAAAUGUGUGUGUGUGUGUGCAAACUGUCAUGCAGUUUUUUGGCCGGUUUCAAAUGCUCUUUCUACUUUCUUUACACAUCUUUCUUAGUAGCAUUUGACUCAUAGGCUUUGGGUAUCAUGACUGAAACUGUCUCUGUAAAGCACUGUGCUUCUCUGUGAUAUAAGUUACACUGUAGCAGAGGACAGAGGUAUUCUGUUCACUCCUUGUAUAUUUUACAGUUGAGUAGACACAGUAAAGGUAAAGUGGUGAUACUUGUACAUGUUAUCUAUUGAUGACAAGAGUGUACUUUUACUCCAGGCUUUUUCUUCUGCUUUUGACUUCAGCUUUAUCUUGGGUUACAAUUCCAUUUUAUACUUCAGAGAAUUUUCCAUUGCAAUGACCUUAAUACUGUAUUAAUUAUUAAACGGUGCAUAUCAGUAAUAUCUAAUUGGGGUUUUAUUCAUAGUUACAAUGAGAAGGAUUUGACCUAAUGUUAUGAGACUGUGAUCUAUGAGGUAUUUUUAGACUGCUUUUCUUUCCUUUUAUUACUUUUGAAUAAUGAACUAUUUGUGCCAAAGGCUAUCUUUAACGGAACAUAUUUAUACAUCAAGCCUAUUCUACACGACUCAUUUAAGCUCUGUAUCCCUCUGCAUGGUCAUUUUGAGAUGCUGUAGAACAUAGAGUAUUAUUGUAAAUAAUGCCUUUAUUCAAUUGUUCGUAUAUAAAAAAAAAAAUGAAUAAGUUGAUUGACAAUCUUUUUAACGAAAUAUACAGUAUAUUAUCAUAUCAGGUCCCUAUUUUUCGGGUUGUUUUUUAAUUUGAUAGGUUGUAACUGAAAAUGAGAACUGGUUCUCAAUCAAUAUAUGAAAUUGUUGGCAAUGUUUGGUAUCUAAAAAGUGUGCUGUUAUUAUUACACUGUGGUCAAAGAGAAGAUAUUUAGAUAAAGCUGGUGCAAAUUGAGAAUGAAUGACUUCUGCAUGCUUUCUGGGAUGUCCUUGGCUGGUUUAUCUCCACAAAUCCUUCUGAACAUUCAGUGCACAUGUAUCGGGGUAGAUGGCAAUAGUGUGUUGUCUCAAUAUUGGAAUAAAUGUUUG